AAAGUACGACUCUUGGCCGAUUUUAAACGAAGCGGCGGGAACAUUUGGCAGCUGUCAAAAUUCUCCGUGUAUAGACUAUGGUGUGAAAAUAUAUUUGUGUUGUGUCUGAGUUUAAAUACGUGACAUUGUUACAUAAAUAUUUUCGAAAUAAAAGCCUGAAUAACUCGGUCAUUUACUGAGGUUUCUGCGCAUACGCACAUCGCGUAACGUCAUAGAAGUCACAGAAGUCAGUUCGCGACCGACCGCCGGCGAAGGAGGACGCUGCGCCCGGUGGAAUUGUCAAUUUAAAUUGAUCAACAACUAAAUGGAACGGUUUUAGUGUGUGUGUGGUGCCGUGUGAUAUUGUGUUUAUUGAAGAUUUGUGGACAAUCAAAAUGCAGGGCCGUGACAAAUUAUGCGCUAAGCUCACGAGCGCAUUCCUCAGAAAGUGGUGGUUCGUGUUGGCGUCCGCAGUGGUGCUGCUCCUCCUCGGCGUCAUAUGCGCGAUAUUCUUCGGGACCUGGGUCCGGAUGUUCAUUGAUCAUGAGCUGGUGCUCCGCCCUGGCUCGAUGACGUUCGAGUGGUGGGCGCGACCGCCCGUGCGACCGUUCGUCCGCGUGUACGUCUACAACGUCACGAACGCCGACGAGUUCCUCAACAACGGCUCCAAGCCGGUGCUGGACGAGCUGGGACCAUAUGUUUACUCCGAGGAGUGGGAGAAGGUGAACAUAACGGACAACGAGAACGGGACGCUGUCGUUCCACUACAAGCGCACGUACACGUUCAUGCCGGAGCUCAGCGCCGGACCCGACGACGACUCGGUCGUCGUGCCAAAUAUACCCAUGCUGAGCGCAACCUCCCAAUCCAAAAACGCGGCACGUUUCCUCCGCCUCGCGAUGGCCUCCAUCAUGGACAUCCUCAAGAUCAAACCGUUCGUCGAGGUGUCGGUCGGACAACUGCUCUGGGGGUACGAGGACCCGCUCCUGAAGCUGGCUAAGGAUGUCGUACCGAAGGAACAGAAGUUGCCAUACGAGGAGUUCGGUCUCUUCUACGGGAAAAACGGCACCUCUCCCGAUGAGGUGACCAUGUUCAGUGGCGCAUCAGACAUCACCAAGUACGGUAUCUUCGAGCGGUACAACUACAGAGAGCGUCUUCCUCACUGGACCACCGACGAGUGCAACAGCAUCUCCGGCUCCGACGGUUCCAUCUUCCCUCCUCACAUCACUAGGAACGACAGUCUGGCGGUUUACGAUAAGGACCUCUGCAGACUUUUACCUCUCAGAUAUCUGAAGGACGUGGAGUCGGCGGCGGGCGUGCAGGGCUUCAGGUUCACUCCGCCCGAGGACGUGUUCGCUAACGACGAACACAACAAGUGCUUCUGCCCCGCGGGCCCGCCGUGCGCGCCCAACGGACUCUUCAACGUGUCCCUGUGUCAAUACGACUCCCCCAUAAUGCUCUCGUUCCCCCACUUCUACCUCGCCGACCCUCGCCUGCGAGACGCGGUGGAGGGCGUCUCCCCGCCGGACCCGGAGGCGCACCGCCUGUACAUCGACGUCCAGCCCGAGAUGGGCACGGCGCUGCGGGCCCGCGCGCGCAUCCAGAUCAACCUGGCCGUGUCGCAGGUCGUCGACAUCAAGCAGGUCGCCAACUUCCCCGACAUCGUGUUCCCCAUCCUGUGGUUCGAGGAGGGCAUCGACGAGCUGCCCGAGGCGGUGUCGUCCAUGCUGCGGCUGGCGACGGCGCUGCCGCCCGUGGCGCGCGCGGCGCUGGGCUGGGGGCUGUCGGCGCUCGGCCUGCUGCUCAUCCUGCUGGCCGUCACCUGCCUCAUACGGUCGUCCCACCGGCAGAGCACCCUGAGACUGGAGGGUCACGCGGUCGCCAAGCCGCCCCCGGCGAAGACCCCGAGCAAGGAGAACGGAUACGAGUUGAACAACCGGAGAUAACGUGUGAGGAGCCGCACGUCGGACGCGCUCGUGUGGAACUGUUUUGCCGACGCUACUUCUCCCGUUCAAUAGAAACCUUCCACGAGUGAAUGGCGAAACUCUAAAGCUACAAAACAGUUACGCACCACAUCGCAGCGUAAAGAAUAUAGAUUAAAAAGAUUUAUAUCAAAUUCUAUGUAUAAAAAUACUACCGUUAAUUGUGACACGAACGACUUCUUCUUAAAUAGGAUUCUAAAAUUGAAUGCGAUUGAAAAUCGGCGGGAAAAAUGACAUUUUAUUUUCUUUUAGCAUUUUUACUCGUUAAGGAACCACCUUUUAAUAUAAAUAUCAUUAGCUUUUUGUUUAAGUUAUCUUCCGACGAAUGUGAUAAUUCAAAUUUAAGAUUCGAACAAAUUAUUAAUUUUUUUUGUAGUUUUAAAAUUGACAUUCGGAAAAUUAUGACUGUAUUUUUAAUCUGUAAAUAUUUUUAUCUUCGAUCGGGCUUCGGGUUGCCAUUAUGAAAAAUCUCUUCGGUUUUAAGGCAGGUAGCACGUGGACAUCCGGAGCGGAACGCGUCAUCUACACGCUUUGGU